AUGGGCUCUUGCUCUUCUUAAGAAAUGAAAAAAAUUCUGAAACUCAAACUACAAGAAACAAAAUAAAAAUAAUCUUAGUCAACAACACCCAACAGAUCAACAACAUAAUAGAAUGUUGCAAGAUCUAAUACAAGAUGUAACACACAAAAUAUCCCGUAAAUUGUAAAUGUGUAAAGUAUGAAUACAUUCUGUCUUCAAAAUAUAAAUUAAUCAAUAGUUUAUAGAAGCACCAACUUUUCUACUUUUUAUAGUUUAUUAAAGAAAGAAGAAAAAGAUUUUCCAUUUACAACGAUUUAGCAUAACAAUACAGGAAUAUUAAGAAUUAUCAAGUCAUAUAAACUUACAGAAGUAAAAUAUGUUGCUUCAUUACUCAAUUAUUAACUUGUAAUUAUGUUCUUUUAUUUAAAUUAGCAUCAUCCUAAUUUAAUUUAAUAAUAUGAAAUAUAUGAAGAACAAUAAAAAUAUCAUGUGGCUGAAGAGAAUAACAAAGAGAUAGUAAUCUUGAAUUCUAAAAUGUUCAUCACUGAACAAGAUAUUGCUUUCAUUUUUAACCAAAUUGUCGAAGUUAUUGAUUAUAUUCACCAUCAAUAAUUAACGCAUGGUCAUCUUACUAUAGAUUCCUUUGCUCUUUUUGGAGAAAAAUACAUAAAAUUAUAUGAUUUAUUCCAUCUUUUUAUGAAAAAAAAGCCAUCUUUUGAAGAAACACACUAUUUACCGCCAGAAUAUUUUGAAUUUCAAUAAUAUACAGAAGAAAGAGAUAUUUGGUCUUUAGGAAUUAUUCUAUAUUAAUUACUUUAUCGUACAUCUCCUUAUGAUUCAACUACAUUAAAUAAAUUAAGAAUAGAAAUCUUAAUAUCAGAAAUUUAAUUUGAAUAAUCAAUAUCUGAUGAAGCCAUAUCAUUAUUAAAAUAAUUAUUGGAGAAAAAUCCAAAAAAAAGAAUAAAACUAAUAGAAAUAACAAAACAUCCUUGGUUUUUAAAAUAGUAAGUAUUUUUAAGAGAAGAAUAGGUUAGAGAAACUUUGCUUAGAUUAAGAAAAUCUAAAAAAUUAAAUAUAUUAUAAGCUUACAUCCUGAAGUUUAUAAUUAAUAAUUAUAGACCAGAUAAACUUCGAGAUAUUUAUUCAGUAUUCAGGUCAUUAGAUCUUGAUAAUGAUGGGUUUUUUAGUCUUUCAGAACUUCAAGCAUCAUAUAAAGAAUUUAUUUUAGACAGUGAUAAAACUAAAUCAAUUUGCAUGAAUAUUUUCACUAAGGUAGAUAUGGAUAAAGAUAGUAAAAUCACUUUUGCUGAAUUUAUUCUUUAUGCUAUCUAACGUAAAACUCUAAUAUAGGAGGAAGUCUUAGAUACAAGUUUUAAAUUAUUGAAAAAUAAAAAAAACUUUAUUACUGCUGAGAGUUUAGCAGCUUAGUUUUCAUUAGAAAAAGAAUAUUUCACCGAAAUUCUUAUGGAUAUACUUAAAAAAGAUUAUGUAUACUAUUAUUUUAUAAAAUUAGUUAGCUUAUAAUAAUUUUAAGGAUCUUAUGUUAGAAAUAAUAUGA